GGUAGAGGCGCGUGUGUCCGUUGGGAGUGGAGAGAGCUGUGUGUUGAGGAUUGGCACGGCGCCGCCGCCGUGUGUUUGAAGGCAAUAUAGUCAAGCUAUCAGGAGAGGUGAGUUGGCACAUCUGGGAGGGAGGGAAGGGAGAGAGUGAGAGCACACUGGACACCUGCCUGAUGGAGAGCAGAUUGCAUGACUCGAGUGGCUUCGUCAUUCUGUCUGUCCGUGUGUGGUCGUUUGUUCAUUCAGGCCAGAUAGUCGGUCUGUGCGUGCGGUGCAUUGCGAUGAGUCUGCCCAUCGACCACGCAUCCCACCCGUCCCUCUCCCCCUCAAGACCACCCCCACUGGCAGUGCCCCCCAAGCCACCCGUGGCGCAUCGCCCGAUGCCGCCCUUCCCGGCGGCAGCACUGCACCAUCCCGCAAUGAUGCAGGCGUUUGUGCGGCCUCCACAUAUGGUGAUCCGUGCACCGGGUGGCCUGCCGCAUGCCCGUCAUCCACACCCCGCUGCCCGCACUGCGCACCUGCACAUGCAUCCGCUCGCUGUGCGGGAGGGAGGAGGGGCCAGGAAUGGGAUCGACACGCCCGGUCAGUCAGAGAGAGAGAGACGAGUGUCGGGUGGGGUGCAAAGGCAGGUGGUGUUCUUGUGUGUGGUUCAGGUGUGGUGCAGUCUUCUCGUCCUUCGUCUGCGGGGCCGUCACUGCCCGAUGACGAUGCAUCCGCACCACCAUUGUGAGCGCUUCACUCACCGAGACAGACGAGCCAAUUGACGGAGGUCGGUUCAUUCCUUCCCCUGCCCCCGUUGUGUGUGCGUGUGUCAGCUCGAUUCGCAUCGACCCUCUGUCGCCCGGUUUGAUUUUGGACAAGCAGCGGAUGGCGGAGCAGAAGUUCCUCGAGGACGAAAUGAAGAGAAGGGAGAAACUGCUCCAGGACCCUGGUGCGUGUGACCGCUCAACAGAGGCAGACACAGCAAGGAGGCCAGCCUUCACGUUCUCUCUGCUGUCCCUUCAUUCCUUCAUUCCUUCAUUCUCUCUCUCUCUCUCUCUCUCUCUCAGGCAACAUGGUUGAUGCACUUCGACGCCGCAAGGCACAGCAGCGCGUCAGAGAGAUCCUCCAGGUGACCAUCGACACACACAUACAAGAGAUACCAGACAGGGACAGGGCAGAGAAUGCCGGCCCCAUGCUCUGCCUGCCUGUCCAUCUCCUUUUUCCAUCAGGAGCAGCAGGUGUACGUGCCGGUGGGCGACUCCGACUGGCAGACCGCCGAGGACACCGUCAACACCCUCCUGCGCGACGGCCGCCUGCACCGUCUGCACGAGAAGGAGGUCAUUCUCAAGCGCAUCGCACCCAUCCCUAACAACUUCUUCGAACUCCACAAGUGGAUUCUACGACGCGACAGCCGCAGCGGCCCGGUGCUGUUCGUGCAGCACCCAGCGAUCGACGACAAGGACACCGACAAGUACGAGCGGCUGUUGGUGGACGAUGCGGAGAUCAAGGGGCGUGACGCGGGCAGCCGCGUGGAGAGCAGGAUGGAGCAGACGUUUUACAACGCCCAGGGGGUGCCGCUGCGCGCGGAGGCGUGGAAGAAGCAGCGGCAGGUGUGGGUCGACGAGGCCGCGGCCGAGGGUUUCGGGGACGACACGCCGUCCACACACAGAACACGGACACAGAAGGUGAUGUGAGGGAGAGAAAGGAAAGACCGAUGUCAGGCAGGUGCUCCCAUUAUUCACGUGUAUCCUUGCUUCAACCUGUGUGUCGUGCAGGAGUCCAAGUUGCAGAAUCUGACGGCGUACAACUGCUUUGCUCUCGAGCGUCGUCCGUUCCUGAUGCGGCGGUUCCCUGAGCGGGUGGGGGAGCCGCAGUUCUUCGCAAGAAUGCUCGGCGAGGAGUGGAGACAGCUGCCGCCCGAAGACAGAGAGGUCAGUCACACAGGAGGAGAGCCAGAUCUAUGACGGGCACUGAGGACGACACAGAUGUCUCUGUGUUUCUCUGCGUGUUGUUGCAGGUGUGGAGUGUUCACGAGCGGUGCAAGGACCGUUUUCGGCUUCAGAGCGUGAUGCAUCCGGCCGGCAGCCCUCCGCCCGUCCGCUACGCCGUCAGCAGCAGACGCCCCUCCCACCCCGGCGAGCCCGUCCAGCCAUUCGUCAUGACCACCACCACAAUCAAGCACGAGCAGAGCAGGAGACCGCCGGUCAUCGUCAAGAAGGAAGAAACCGAUGAGGAGAAAGCAGACGUCGAGCAAGAGCAAGACCAAGAGCCAGACGCGCAGCAGCAGCAACCACAGCGGGAGCAGGAGCACCAGGCGGCUGCCGCUGUGGCGGCGGCAGCAUCUGCCCCUCUGCCUCAGGAGGUCCUGGAGCCGUUGAGCCACCCGGCCCGCUGGGUGCGGCAGCUGCGCGUGAGGCCACUACGGCUCGUUCCGAGCGGCAAGGAGGACCUGCUGGAGGUCGAUCGCGACUCGGAGGAAGAGGCGGACCUCUCUGACUUCCCAAGAUCGGCCGUGCGGCUGUCCAUCUACGACCCCGGCGACGGCCACACACGGCCGGCGCGGCAACAGGGAGACUCACUUUGUGACGAGGACCUGCCCGUGUUGAAGGUGGGUGAGAGUGUGCAGGUGGCGGUGAUGAGUGGCGAGGGUGGGUGGGAGACCGGCUGGGAGGACGGCACCGUGGAGGGCAUGGUGCAGCGGGGAAAUGGGGAGCCGACCGAUGUGGCCGUGAGGCUGGACAGCACGGCCACAUCCGUCACGCUCCCGACACAGCACUUCAUCGAACCGUCGGGUAAGUCGACAGAGACCACCAGCAGCCAGGCAGGCAGGCAGAAGCGAAUGAAUGCCCUCAUCGAUUCUUCUCGUCUGCCUGUCAUGAUUCAGUUCCAGUCAAGACGGCUCCCGAGUCGCACUUUCGUCUCCGCCCCCGCGACGCAGAGCCAGACCGCGAUCUGUACCCCGGUGCCGUCAUCAACCUGCCAUUUGCCGCGUCAGGCCCCUCGUGUGAUGCCAUCGUGAUGGCCCUGCAUCGGAAGGAGGGCCGCAUGGGAUUGCGGUCCGGCAAGGGGUCGACACUGGACCUCCAUCGCCUGGCCGACGGGCGCACCGUCGAGAACUUCGACCCCGAGACCGUCACUGUGCGCCGGCUGCCCUAUGACGUCGAGCUGGGCGGGAGUGGUGGCACUGCGCCGUCCUGGUGGAUCAUCCCCGACCCAUUCAGACCUGACAUUGUGCCUGCGAGGAAGGUCCCCUUCCGCACAGACGUGCUGCGCAACCCCCCCGUCAGGAGCCUCAUCCGCCAUCUGUGGAACAACAGCAAGAAGGCACGCAGACGGCAGCCGGCCAAGAAAGUGCAGUUUGCCCAGCAAGAGGCAGCGUCGAGUGGCGGGGCGGGUGGUGCUGCGGAGGCAGAGCCGUCUGCUAUGGCUGAGGCGACGGGCAAGAAACAGGCCAAGAGGAAGGCCAAAGGGGGCAGCAAGCGCGAAAGGAGCUCCGCCAAGGCCAGAGACAGGCGCCCAGCCAAACGCGCCAAGGCUGCUGCUGCUGUGCCGCCCAGCACCCCUCCCCCUCCCCCUCCCCCACCUGCCGCUGCUGUUGAGAGCGCGGGCAUGGCGUCGGACCAUCACCUGAACAGCCUCGCCCCCCACCACGACACGAUGGAGGGCCCACACGCCAGCGCCAGAGAGCAUAUGCCUGCGAGUGGUGCGGCGAUGGACGUGGACGAUGGAGUGGCCGGACAAUAUCAUCAUGGCAUGGCGGCAGCGGACGAGAUGAUGGCUGGCGACGAUGAUGAGGAGCCUUUCCCGGCACUGCCGCAUCAUCAGCUGCAUGUCAUGCACUAGGGCGAAAGGUCGCCACGGAGCAGUGGGCUAGUGUUGCACGUGUCGAUGUAUGCGGUGCCUAGUGUCAGCUAUUGGUUGGGCGGGGCGGGGCGGCUCCUGUAUUUAUAUCUGUAACAUGCUGUGCGCCUCCUGGAUGAGCCACGCAGCAAUUGAUCAAUCAUGAGUGAGUGAAUGUCUGUGGCCUCCUGACUAACUGACGGCGAUGGGAUGAAUGAAAUUAUUGCUUGUG